CAGAUUCAAAACAAAUACAGUUUUAAUCAUUGUUACUUUCUUGUUAAUAAAAUAAGGUAAUUAGUUUUUAAACGCUCAUCUACAGGACAAAUAUGCUUUCUUUGCUUCGACCGCUCUAUAGUAUUGGAAACAAGCCAGUAAGAAAAAGUAUUUUGAAAUUACAGGCCAAUGCAAAAUAUACAACCAGUGACUUUCCACAGCACUUGAAGGAUAUACCUGAAGCGGAGAAUCCUCAGUUUACCAAAAUGGUCGAAUACAACAUUCACAAUGCAAUACGAAUACUGGAUUCUCGAUUUUUGGCUAGUUUAGUAGAAAGAGGGCUGAAGACCGAACAAGAGAGAGAACACAAGAAACAUGGAAUAAUAAAGUUGAUGACAGAAUGCAACAGUGUUCUAGAGAUAAAGUUUCCCAUCAAGCGAGACACAGGGGCAUACGAACUUAUAACUGGGUUUAGAGCACACCACUCUAUGCACAGAAUGCCUGUCAAAGGAGGUAUCCGAUAUUCCCCCGAGGUUGAAUCAGAUGAGGUGCAGGCGCUGGCGGCUCUUAUGUCCUUUAAGUGUUCAUGCGUCAGUGUUCCCUUUGGAGGUGCCAAGGGAGGCAUCAAGAUCGAUCCCAGGAAGUAUUCUUCGGACGAGAUAGAAAAGAUCACCAGACGUUAUGCGCUGGAGCUGAUUAAGAAGAAUUAUGUCGGUCCUGGGAUCGAUGUACCAGCACCAGAUGUAGGCACUAGCGGGCGAGAAAUGGCAUGGUUCAUGGACACUUACAUCAAAACACUGGGUCACACCAAUAUCAACAGUGUCGGCUGUAUCACAGGCAAGCCUCUUUUCCUCGGAGGUAUCAGAGGUCGUGUCUCUGCGACAGGUCGUGGUGUGUUUGACGUUGCGAAUAAUUUCCUCAAAAAUGAAGAGCUCAUGGGAAUCGUUGGACUCACUCCAGUGUGGAAAGAUAAGACCUACAUUAUUCAGGGAUUUGGCAAUGUAGGAUUCCACAGUUUGCGGUACUUGGAGCGAGUAGGUGCCAAGUGCAUCGGAGUUGCAGAGCACGACGUCGGCAUUUACAACAAGGACGGCAUUUCUGCUCACGAGUUGCAGUCGCACAAGAUGAAGAACAACACGAUAAAAGGUUUUCCCGGAAGUAAGGAGUAUCCUAAUUCCAAAGAAUUGAUCUUUGAAGCUUGCGAUAUCCUCAUUCCUGCUGCUUUAGAGAAGAGUAUUCGGAAAUCUAAUGCUGACAAAAUCCAAGCAAGAAUAGUCGUGGAGGGUGCCAAUGGACCAGUUACUCCGGCAGCGGACAAGAUUUUGCAAAAGAAGAAGUGCCUAGUGAUACCAGACAUCUACGCCAAUGCUGGUGGAGUCACCGUGUCGUACUUCGAAUGGCUGAAGAACAUCAACCACGCAUCAUUUGGCCGACUCAGCUUUGGCUACGAACAGGAGAACAUAGAGCUCCUUUUAGGAUCCGUGGCAGAAUCUUUGAAAAAGACUGGGAAGGAUAUUCAGAUUGAUAUGUCGAAAGCAUUGUCGGACCGAAUGAUACAGGCCAAUGAGAAGAACAUUGUCCAAUCUGCCCUCGAUUACUCAUUGGCCAAAACUGCUCAUGAAAUAUAUCGAGAGAGCAAACUCAACAAUCUGGGUGUGGAUAUGCGUACUGCUGCCUACUGUCUCAGUGCCUACAGAAUAUUCAAGACAUACGAGGAGGCAGGUCUCUGCUUGUGAUCUCUACUUGUUUUUGUAUUCUUUAUUUGAAUGUUAUUGGGAUAAAGGUUGUUACAUUGUUGUUUCAA